AUGCAUUACACAAAUAACUGGUUUAAUACAUUAGAUGAUGAAUACACCCCCUCUCCUGGACCUUCAAAGAACGUAAAAAAAAUUAGGAAACUGCCCAAGAGUUCUGAUAAUGCAUACACCCCCAGUGUUAGCGAGGAGUCAGAUAAAGUGGAGGUUUUAAAAGAUGGACCGAUUAUUCCAAAGAUCGCGACCAUCGCUCUGGAUAAAGAGCUCGCAAAGUUCCCCACUUUUCAACACCACAAGCGGGAUUCCGUGUCAGACUUGUUUGGAAAAAAUGAUUAUUCCUUUGUGAGUCUGAAGAAAGAUCACGGAAACAGACCUUUGUGGAUAAACCCAGUCACGGGAAAUAUAAUUCUUGAGGGGUUCUCUCCUUUUGCGGAGAAGGCACAGGAUUUCUUGAUUACCAUUAGCGAGCCCGUUAGUAGGCCAAGUUUGAUACACGAGUACAAGAUGACACCGUAUUCUUUGUACGCGGCGGUUUCAGUGGGCUUGGAGACCGAAGCGAUAAUAGAUGUCCUGAAAAUUUUGUCAAAGACGGAGAUUCCAGAGUCCCUCAUAGAGAUGAUUAGAAAGUGCACUGUGUCUUACGGGAAAGUGAAACUCCUGUUGAAACAUAAUAAAUAUUUUGUGGAAUCGUCGCAUGCGGAAAUAUUGCAGAUGCUCUUGCAGGACAAAGAUAUCGCCGACGCUCGGCUGAUUAACGCGGAUGGAACGAAUGGUAACGAGUUCAUAACGAGCAAGGCACCAUCCGGCAAGGAUUUGGUAAUUUCCGGUAAAGUUGCAGAAGUUCCGAAAUCAUCUGAAGCCAAGAACAAUGAGGCUGCUAAUCGGGAUGAUGAACUUUUCAAUGCCGUGGUCGCCAUUGACAAAGGUAACGAGGGUCUUCUGUUUUUGCAUGCCUGGAUCACUGUCAGGAGACGCUGCAACGAACUGAACUAUCCCAUGUUGGAGGAAUACGAUUUCCGGAAUGACGCAAGUUUGGCCCCCCUCGACAUUGACCUGAAGCCCAUAACCGUCAUAAGGCCAUAUCAGGAAAAGUGCCUCAGUAAGAUGUUUGGAAACGGUGUAUCGGUGAUGCAAUGGAAACAACAGUUUGUGCAGUGGUCCAAUAUAAAGGAAAGUCAAAUUGCCGUUUUCACCUCGGAUCAGAAAGAGAAGUUUUCCGGUCAGUCCGGCAUCGUGAUUUCCACCUACAGCAUGGUCGCCAAUACUCGAGCCAGGUCUUACGAGGCAUCGAAGAUGAUGCAAUUCAUUACGGAACGAGAAUGGGGUUUCAUCCUGUUGGACGAGGUUCACGUCGUCCCCGCAAACAUGUUUCGAAAAGUGGUAACCACGAUAGCCGCUCACACGAAACUCGGUUUGACCGCCACCUUGGUUCGUGAGGACGACAAGAUUGAGGACUUGAAUUUCUUGAUUGGUCCAAAACUAUAUGAGGCCAAUUGGAUGGACUUGGCUUCGAAAGGACAUAUCGCAAACGUCCAAUGUGCCGAGGCAUGCCAGUACCUCAUCAGAUACCACGAAAAUCGCGGGGACAAAGUCAUCGUGUUUUCGGAUAACGUGUAUGCCUUGGAGCGGUACGCCAAGGACUUUAACGUGCCAUUCAUCCACGGAAAAACGAAACCCCAAGAGAGAUUGCAUGUUCUAUCGAUGUUUCAGCACAGUCCCGAUACAAACACGAUCUUCCUUUCCAAGGUUGGUGAUACGUCCAUCGAUUUACCGGAGGCAACUUGUCUGAUUCAGAUUUCAUCGCAUUACGGUUCGAGGCGUCAAGAGGCCCAACGACUUGGACGUAUUCUUCGAGCCAAGCGUCGUAACGACGAGGGUUUCAAUGCUUUCUUUUAUUCUCUUGUUUCCACUGAUACGCAAGAGAUGUACUAUUCGACGAAGCGACAGCAAUUUCUGAUCGAUCAGGGUUACGCCUUCAAGGUCAUCACUUCGCUAGAAGGCAUGGACAAGGAGCCUAAUUUGGUUUACCGGGAACACAACAAGCAAAUGGCUUUAUUGACUGACGUUUUGGUCGCCAACGAUAACGCCGCCGAACUGGACAAUGAUAUCGACGAGAAUGCCGACGAUUUGCCCGGCACGGUGACUAGUCGAAACAAGGGUGUCGUUCGACGUUCCUUUGGUAACAUGAAAAGUUUAUCGGGUGCAGACGAUAUGGCGUAUUAUGAAGGAAGUGGUGGUAGUAAAAUGGAAUUAUCCAACGACGUUAACGUCACUCGGGAGAACUCUCCCGAACCAGCAGAUUCUCCACGAAACAAGAGCAAGGCCCGUAACCUCAAAGCUUCUCGAAAUAAUGGGCUGCGGGGUCUCAACAAGCGUACCAAAAAAAACAAGGGUAUCAAGUCGACCAACAAGACUAACAAAGGACGCAACAAAAACAAAAGCAAAGACCUUGCUCGGGAAAUAAAGGAAUCGGAACCCGUAGUACAAUACCAGCCAGAACCGCCGCCACGAGAAGAGCUUCCGUACACGAAAUUCUUUCCCGACUUGGAUCUGGACGAACAACUUGUGAUCUUUCACGUACUAUCGGAGAAUGAUGCUGACGAUAAAACUCCGAAAUCGUCCACUUCACAAAAGACGGUUCAACAGUCCGAGCAGCAAACUGAGGACACCCAGGUAGCCAUAAAUGAAUGUUCGACCUCCGGAACCACUCCUCAAUUUAUGGAUGAAGACACAGUUCAAGAGGAUGAUCAAGCCUCGGAUGUUGAGCUUGUUGCCUCAGGUCAAAUAGAGGUGGUGUACGAUGACAAUCUUAUAAUUCCGACUAAGGUCGAGGUAGAUCAGGAUGAUGGUCACCUUAUUGCUGAGAGUUCCGCGAGUUCCGUGCAACCCGCCAGUACUUCGGGACCGACGAAAACUGAAGAAAAUUUGGUGGCAAAGACUUUAGUAAAAAAACUUCCCAUGCCUUCGUUUAGACGUGUCAGCGUCCGAAAGAUGGAGUUCGAACCAUAUCACAGACCCGAGGGACAUUAUAUUCGGUAUAAUGAGCCGGAUGAAAGAAUUCUUGCGGAGCGAGUCGAGUACGAUAUGGACGAGCAAGACGACAUCUGGCUCAAGGCUUUCAAUAAUGAAAGAAAAAAGGAGGAUCUGGGUGAGCUCACGGCCGACCUCUUUGAAAAAUUGAUUGAUCGCUUAGAGAAAGCGUGGUUCGACUUGACAAAAAAUCUACCAAAGGGUCAGGGAGACAAAGACAGUCUUACCCCCGAGGAUUCUGCCUGUGCAAUUUGCGAUGACGGGGAGUGUGAAAACAGUAAUGCCAUCGUAUUUUGCGAUGGUUGCAACCUUGCUGUUCACCAAGAUUGCUACGGAAUACCUUACAUUCCCGAAGGUCAAUGGCUGUGCCGUAAAUGCAUAGUCUCUCCCGAAACCCCGGUGUCAUGCAUAUUUUGUCCCAAUGAAGGCGGGGCAUUUAAAAAGACAAAUACGAAUCGCUGGGCCCACUUACUGUGUGCUUUGUGGAUUCCCGAGGUCGGAUUGUCAAACACCGUCUAUAUGGAACCAAUCGAUAAUAUCGAGGGAAUUCCGCGGGGUAGAUGGAAAUUGGCAAAACUUUGCAUGAGAAUGAAGUUUCCCGAUUCUCACAAUGAAUCUUAUCAGAUGAAGGCGUACUGUGACAAGCACACACCGCGAGAUUACAAGGAGCAAGUUGACGUUACCGCUACGGUUUUAGCUGCACAAAAGCUCCUGAGCGACUGUGGUCCGGCUUCCAAGAAACGCAGGGUGGAAUAUGAGGCCGACGGGGAUGAAUACAUUCCUAGUGAUUCUGAGGAGGAAGAGGACGAACUCGAAGAACAGAAUUACGAGGAGGAGAAAUUUGAUACAUCGGAUCUUCGGAAGAAUAGGAAACGCAAACAUUCGGAAAAUGAGUCGUAUCAAAAGAAAACGGUCAAGGUCAAACUACAGGAGUCCGAGAAUGUAACCGAGAUUGCUAAUAAAUCCCAAGAAGGACAAAGUUCUAAGGCAGCUCGUGCAUAUAAUCAUUCAUAUGCGGAAAAUGCUCCGAUCGCCCCGGCCAUCAUAAUGGAGAAGCUUUUGCCACUUUUGGCAAAUCAAAAAGGAUCUAUGAAGAAGAAACAAGAACUUGUAGCCACAAUUUGCAAGUACUGGUCAUUGAAGCGUGAGUCUAGACGUGGAGCACCGUUGCUAAAGAGGCUUCACCUCGAGCCAUGGACUGCCUCCGCAUCCGCUCACAAACAAUCCGACAAGGAAAAAUUCUGCAAAUUUAUGGGAAUGCGACAACUUCGUAAAGACUUGGAGAAGGUCAGAUUGUUGAUCGACUGUGUGCAUAGACGUGAGAAGGCGAAGCUGAAAAGGAACAGGUUACAAGCUCGAUAUCUCGAGACCAUCCUUUUCCCUCUUGAUUAUAUUCUUUCUCCAGUUAUACGAACAAUCAUGAGUUUGGAUAAAAAUGAGAUAUUUGCGAAGCCUGUUUCCGCUGAGGAAGUUCCCGAUUACUAUUAUCACAUCAAAAACCCUAUGGACUUUGGAACCAUUCAGAAGAAGAUCGAAGCCCAUGAAUAUAGUUUUGGCCCAGGUCUUCAAGGAUUCAAGGAUGAUCUCGAAUUAACUUUCCUAAAUGCCAUGACCUACAACACAUCCAACACGAUUUACUAUAGGACCGCCCGGAAGUUGCGUCAACUUUGUCAGCCUAUUAUUGAGAAAGCGGAGAAAGAUUAUUCUGAGUUGCAUGUUGAUCCAAAGAAGGGAAUAUUGGAUGUUCAGAUUCAUCCGGAGAUAUUUACCUACAAUACCAAGCCGUUGGUUUUUAUGCAAAAAGAAAAGUCCAGAUCAAGUCGUAUUAAGCUAAGGAGUCGAAAUGCUUCUUCGCGUGUUCGUAGGCUUCGAGAGACACGAUCCACCACUGUAGCAAAACGUACAAGAAAUCAGAGUAAUAAUUCGAAGUCACGAGAUUCUCCAGAACGCAAGCCGAGAGCACCAAAAGGUUGGGCAUAUGUUACCGACGAGGAGGGCGAGGAUGAAUCCGUUGACGAAGGUUCGAAUUCCGAGGGACCAACCUCCAUUGAUACUGGUGGCCUAGGUGAAGGUGGGGUUCCUAGCGUUUUUAAUGAGGACAAAGCAACGGUUUCCUCUCGAACAAGAUCGCGAAAUAGGAAUGCUGGACCAUCGAUUAAGGUGGUAAAGGAACAACCUGAUUACCCUCGGAAAACAGCGAAGGAUUCAGGCGAACGUCCCAAUAAAUCUGCAAAGAAGUCCAACAAAAAAUCAAAAGUUAUCAAAGAACCAACAGAAAAUCUUGACACGAUAGAUGAAUAUGAUAUAGAUUUGACGAACGAACAACCACAAAGUCAGGCUUCUCCUGACGAAAAUAAUAAGACAAUUAAAGAACAAUUUGGGAAUAUAUCGAUGAAAGAUUACCAGGAUGAGACAGAAAAGCCAGCAGCAAGUCGCACUCGUUCCCGUGCUCCAAAGAAGGGCGAUGAGGCUAUUCAGAACGAAGCAAUUAAAAAGGAAAACUUGUCACCAUCUACAGAGUCUAAUGCAGAAUGGGUACAGUCAAGCCGAAAAGGUUCCACGACUUCGUCUGUUAUCGAGAAUCCGGAUAUUCGCUACGGAACAUUGGUGUGGGCCAAGAUGACUGGAUUUCCCUGGUAUCCCGCUGAGGUGGCUGACCCCAAUGGGCCCGAAGUUACGGAAACCAUAAGAUGCGACAAGAAAAAGG